AUGUCCGGCCAAAUGCAGCCAGCACAACUACACCGACGCACCUCUCGUGGUUCGGCCAGCCAAUCAGGAUGCCGUUCGUCACGCAUUGAAAAGACAAAGAGCCACCACAGCAGCCCAAAGGCCAUGGAGAGGCGCAAGACUACUUCCGAGACCAAGCUAUAUGCUACCCUCGACGACCACUACCGAAUGAUGUUUGGCGUAGAGCCAGAAGAGGAGGAGCGUCCCCAAUCAACCCGACCCGUGAGCUGGCAUCCUGCGUCGUCACAGAUGCAGACUGCACAACAAACAAACUACUUUGACCCUAUGCCAAGUCAACACUGGCAGCAAAACUACUCGCCAUCACGAGACUCGUGCCAUGGUUCCGACUACUACUCGCUCUCUGCCCGCAACUCGAUGCUCGAGCCCCGGACUAGUGCUCCAUCAGAGUAUGGUUGGCAAAGCAUGCCCCAGCCCACUCCCGGCUACGUCAACUCGUGUGUCAACACGCCUACCUCGGAGCCUCUUCCAUGGUACCUGCAGCAAUGGGCACAGAAGAACCAAGCACAAAAUACUGCCUCUGCCCAGCAGCAAGACCAGGACAUGGACGACGACGAAGAUGAGGGCGAGAAGCUUGUUGCCCUUGGCCUAUACGAUGCCCCGGAACCAUCACUAAGCUGGGGUGCGCUCACCGAGGGUACCGGAAAAGGCCUCAAGCUCGAGGAGACUUGGCAACCGCCCGAGGAAGACGAGGAUGACCAAGAUGAUGACGAUGACGCAAGCUCAGAAGGCAGUGUCGAGGAGCCGUCGCCGCCUCUGCCCCCUGUCCAUGAACAGGCACAGAACAUGGCAGUCCAUGUCAAGUCUCAAACACCCAGCAGCAUGGAAGGCCAGAGCUUCUUCUUCGACGACGACGAGACCGUAUCCAAGGAGUGGUGGUUUCAACAAGUCAAACAACCCUCUAUGCCAGUGCGGGACGCUGGACUAGGAUAUGGGUGGUUGUAA